AUGCCCGUAAGGGACAAUCGCGUGCGGGGCCUCCGGCCCCCGGUUACUCGCGCGCCCGAGCUUGCGAGCUCGUUCCUGAACGCGUGCUUCAACAAGGCGUGGAUUGGAAUGCGUCACAGCCAGCUAGUGACCUACAUAACUCCGGCGGCUCGUUGGAAUAGGAAACGGUGUCGCAAAAACGUGGAUGACCAGAUCAAAGAAGUGACCGUUUUUUGGGCGAAAACAACGGCCAGGUUUGGCAAGUCGUCAUCCAUGGAAGUUAGCACUCAAAGCCUUGAGCCUCGAAGCGCCCGCCGGAGGCCCUUUUCGAAACCUCCUGAAGCAUUGAAAAUAGCACUCGAGAUCGCACUUGACGUGAAUAUAGUCCUGCAAUCUGAACUUGGUAUAUCGCGGUUCGACAUGAUAGCUACUGUCGAAGGGGCGGGGUGUUCUCCAGACCCGAUCACUUUGACAGACCAUAUCAUCCCCACGGAGAUCCUGACUUAUAUCCUUGAAGAAGGCUAUCAAGACUCGGAUGAUCUGGAGCGAAUGCGUUUCGUACUACGCGCAGCGUCUGUGUCGCGGACAUGGCGUACUACUGCGUUGAAUACGUCGGCUCUGUGGAGCACGGUAGUCAUCACACGUCUCCGUGCGCCCCCGCUGACCGUCCUCACGACACUCCUGGAACGGUCACGCCAAUCACAGCUCGACAUUUUCGUGGAUUGGCAUUACCCUGGGGCUGGGGCUGGCCUUGUCUACAUCAAGGACGUGAUGCAAAUAUUGCGUCAACACAUGCAGCAGUGGAAAUCAGUCGACAUCACAUGGGACGUGUACGGAACAGAUGAACUCGAAGAUACAUUUGCGCCCCUCCUCACUGGAUCAGCAGACGCUCUGAGAAACUUGUGUCUCUGCUGUUCCUGUUAUUUCGUCUGGCCUGAGGACCUAGAAAGAUUUGACUUCACUAAGGGGUUUUCCGCCCCAAAUCUCCGCAGCAUGGUGUUGGAUGGCCUGCCGUCUGCUAUGGAUCUGGGAAGGCUCACGUGGAAGGAGAGCGGCGACGGCGAGAGAAAUUGGAUCUAUGAGAGCAUGGAUUUCAUGCGGAUGCUGGGACCCCUCCGCGACCUGCGACAUUUGAUGUUAGAUAAAAUCGACAUCGAAGGCGUCAGAAACGAGCUGACAGAAAACGACGAGGCCCUGAUUUGUCUCCCCGCUCUGGAGACACUCACCUUUUGUGACACCAAUUUCGAGACCAUCGGAGAUAUGCUUUCCGUUGUGACCGCACCGAACUUAUGUGACCUCACCAUUCACAACCUCGAACAUGAAGGCAAGACAGUCUCCUUCCACGCCUUCUGGCAGCAGCCCAGACGCUUUCCACUUUUACGCACCCUAUACCUCGAGGUCAACAUCGCCGGGCUGGACAUCGACGAGCUAAUUGAACUAUGGCGCCCUUUCCGAUUCUUCCGCUCGGCACGCAUCAUCCACACCUUCGCGCGAGACCGCAAUUAUUUCUCUAUGGAUGACGUCCUAGAAGCUCUCUCUCACGCACAAGAAGAUGGCGGAUGGCUCUUCCCUUUCCUCACCUCCCUCGCCAUAUACUCCACAUCCGAUAUAGUCACGGACGGGCUUCGGCGUCUCGUGGAGAACCGUCGCGAGACGGAGACAGAAGUUCCAGACGCAGGCGUGAUGGGGCUGCAGAUGUUGAAGAUAUACGCUCCGGCGACGAUUGAUCCGACGGAUUCAGAUUAUUUGGGUCAGAAGUUGCGGCAUUUUGACUGGAUCCAAGGCAAGCCGCCCUCGGGCUGUGACAAGCAGCAUCUCUCGACGGCGAGCUGGGCGCUGCAAUUGGUAUGUAUCGUGCCCUGGUAUCGCUUGCGCCAAAUGCUCAUGCUCAGUAGGAUGUUGACAACCCGUCAUGAUCAUUUGGAACUGGUGGCUUGCGGCAUCGAUGGAUUUAAUAUGGUCGUCCUAGCAUCAAAUCAAUGA